AUGGGGGGAAGGUUCACAAGUUUCACCCCGUUAACUGCCCCGAUAGACCAAGUCCUAAUGCAGAUUAAGGACGAAGGGGCCCUGACGUUUUCGGGAAAGCUGAAGAGUGAUCCCAACAAACGAUCCAGGGACAAAUAUUGCCGCUUCCACCAUGACCAUGGUCACGACACAGCCGAUUGCUACGAUUUGAAGCAGCAAAUUGAAGCCCUUAUCCGACAACGAAAGAUGCAAAAGUUUGUCAGUAAGGAGAGAACAGAUCCACCCCCACAAGAACAACACCCCCGGCGAGAGAACGAGCGACCAAGACCUCCCAUAGGCGACAUAAGGAUGAUAAUUGGAGGAACAGUUGCAGCCGGGUCUUCAAAAAAGGCUCGCAAAACGUACCUCCGGAUGGUACAGAGUGUCCAGCUGAUGGGCACUGUGUCAAAGAUAGCAAGGAGAGAAGGCCCCAUUAUCUGGUUCUUAGAAGAAGAUGCACGACGCCUACACCAUCCACAUGAUGAUGCCCUUGUCGUCAGCAUACGGGUAGGAAACUACAACAUGCACCGGGUGUUGGUCGACAACGGCAGCUCAGCUGAUAUCUUGUAUUAUCUGGCGUUCCAGCAAAUGAGGAUUGACAAGGAGCGAUUGAUGCCGACGAACGCCCUGCUCGUUGGUUUCGGAGGAAGCCGAGUACUCCCUUUGGGCACGGUCACGCUAUCAGUGAUGGUAGGCGAUUACCCCCAGCAAAUCACCAGGGACGUAACCUUCCUGGUGGUCGACUGCUCGUCCGCUUACAACGCUAUCCUCAGACGACCCAUGCUCAACUUGUGGAAGGCGGUGACAUCAACUUACCACCUGAUGAUCAAAUUUCCUACGGAUUAUGGAGUAGGAGAGCUCCGCGGAAGUCAAAUGGCCGCACGGGAAUGCUACGUGGCUAUGAUGGAGAUGGAAGACCAAAUCCAGGCCAUGAACAUAGAAGAGCACCGAACGGUGGCAGAACCAACAGAGAAGCUAGAGGAGAUAACUCUUGACAGCUCCAAUCCGAACCGAACAACCAAGAUCGAAACACUCGCCAAACUCGCAAUCCGUUAA